AUGCACCAGAGCCAGGUAAAGAUGCACCAGAGCCAGGUAAAUAUGCACCAGAGGCAGGUAAAGAUGCACCAGAGGCAGGUAAAGAUGCACCAGAGCCAGGUAAACAUACACCAGAGGCAGGUAAAGAUGCACCAGAGCCAGGUAAAGAUGCACCAGAGCCAGGUAAAGAUGACCCAGAGGCAGGUUAAGAUGCACCAGAGCCAUGUAAAGAUGCACCAGAGGCAGGUAAAGAUGCACCAGAGGCAGGGAAAGAUGCACCAGAGGCAGGUAAAGAUGCACCAGAGGCAGGUAAAGAUGCACCAGAGGCAGGUAAAGAUACACCAGAGCCAGGUAAAGAUGCACCAGAGCCAGGUAAAGAUGCACCAGAGCCAGGUAAAUAUGCACCAGAAGCAGGUAAAGAUGCACCAGAGCCAGGUAAAGAUGCACCAGAGCCAGGUAAAUAUGCACCAGAGGCAGGUAAAGAUGCACCAGAGGCAGGUAAAGAUGCACCAGAGCCAGGUAAAGAUGCACCAGAGCCAGGUAAAGAUGCACCAGAGCCAGGUAAAGAUGAACCAGAGGCAGGUAAAGAUGCACCAGAGGCAGGUAAAGAUGCACCAGAGGCAGGUAAAGAUGCACCAGAGGCAGGUAAAGAUGCACCAGAGGCAGGUAAAGAUUCACCAGAGGCAGGGUAAGAUGGUGAAGGGAAGGGGCAGGCUCAUGGAUCUGGUGGUGAGAGCUGGAUCUGAGGUGGCUGUCACCAUGGAGCACUCAGCUAAGGUUGUGAAGAUGUGGAGCUGGGUUUUCCCCCUGGCGUUCCUGCUGUCCUCAGUGCACCAGGCUGAAGCCCAAGCCUACUCUAGCCCACGACUCCCAGAGCUAAGAUACAGAGACUCACUAAUGCACAUCUCCUCAGGCAGGUGUAAUAAUGUUGGACCAGCAGACAUAGUGUUCCUGAUAGAUGGCUCGUCCAGUAUCGGCAGGGCCAACUUCCUGCAGGUCAAGGGCUUCAUGGCCGGUAUUGUCAAGCCCUUCACCAGCUCCGUGGGCCAAUCAGGGAUCCGCUUCGGCGCUGUGCAGUACAGCGACACCUCAAGAGUGGAGUUCACCUUCACCACGUACCUGAAUGGCACAGAGCUGGUCAGCGCUGUGGAAAACCUCAACUAUAAAGGAGGCAACACUCGCACCGGUGCUGGCCUCAAAUUUGUCGCUGACAACUUCUUCAACCCCACUUCCAUCCGGAAUGUCUCAAAGGUCUGUAUACUGAUCACAGAUGGGAAGUCUCAAGACAGUGUAAGGGACCCAGCUCAGAAGCUGCGGAGUCUGGGAGUGGAGAUGUUUGCAGUGGGUAUAAAGAGUGCAGACCAGACUGAGUUGGCUCUGAUAGCCACUCCUCCUCAGAGAGACUACACAUUCUUUGUGGGGGACUUUAAGUUGCUUAACACACUGCUCUCCCUGGUGGGCCCGCGUGUUUGUUCCAGCUCUGGUGGAGUGUACGCUAGCGAUGAUGCCUUCUCCGGUCCCUCUAACCUCCAGUUCUCAAGCCAGACCUCUGAUUCGCUCAGGUUCCGGUGGACUCCUGCAGGGGGGCCUGUGACUGGCUAUGUGGUGCAGUACACGCCCCUCUCUGGCCUUGGCCAGCCAAUCACAGCGGAGCUGCGUCAGGAGACAGUGUCUGCAAGUCAGAGGAGCUUCGUGGCUAGAGAGCUGAAGUCAGGGACAGACUACCUGGUGACGGUCAUCGCCCAGUAUCCCAACAGUGUAGGAGAGCCUGUGUCCGCCAAGGCAAGAACCAACUCGCUACCGGGGGUGUCUGGUCUUCGUCUGGUCCAGGCUGGUUUCUUCUCCCUCUCCCUGACCUGGGACGCUCCCACCUCACAGUUCCAGGGCUACCGACUCACCUAUGGACCCCGAGGUCAGCCCAAGGCCCAGCUAUUGGAGCAGUCUCUGGCUGCAGACUCUACUUCUGUCACCCUGGAGAGGCUACUGCCCGACACAGAGUACGUCCUCACCCUCUACCCGCUGUUCCCCCGAAACUCUGCCUCCCCCGCCACCCUCACGUCACGGACAUUGCGUCUAGAAGCGGCCCAGCAGCUGUCAGUGGAUACUGUGUCAGAGCGUAGUGUCCGGGUGUUGUGGAGAGGAGUGGGUGGAGCCAGGGCCUACAGACUGGUCUGGGGACCAUUCACCGGUCGUGAUGUGGAAUCUGUGGAGGUGGCUGGUGACAGUGAGACUCACACCCUGUUGAACCUGCAGCCAGACACUGAGUACAUUGUCACUGUCAUCGCUCUCUACGAAGGCAACACAGAGGGUCCUGGUGCUACCACCAGGUUCAAGAUAGAGCGUCUGGAGCAGCAGGUGCUGAGGGCAGCCACCACCGGGCCCUCCUCCAUCCGCCUCACCUGGAAUUUCAUCCAGUCUGCCAGGGGAUACCGCCUGGAGUGGAGGCAGGGAGAAGGUGGCAGAAUGCAGAGUCAGUCGUUCUCCAGGAACACCACUAUUUAUGAUCUGUCAGGGCUGCAGCCCAGCACUGAGUAUGUCAUCACCUUGUUCACCCUGUAUGAGGGACGAGAAGAGGCCACCCCCGUCUCCACCUCUCCCACAGUGGAACAGCCGGUGGGGAGGGUGUCCAACCUGCGAGUGGUAGAGUACCUGGGCAGCACUGUGCGACUGGGAUGGACAGGGGUUGCCGGUGCAACGCAGUACCGUAUCCUCAUGGUCAACACUGAAGCGCAAACAGAGGAAACCCGCAGUAUCCCUGGAAGCCAGACGACCCUUGACCUUAAGGGUCUGACGGAGGGCGUAUCUUAUGGGGUCAGCGUGACAGCUGUGGUGGGAGACAGCGAGGGGGACCCAGUCACUGUCUACAUCAAAGCAGAUGCGGAGCAGUCCCGUGUUCUGGGGCCAGAGGCCUCGUCCUAUACGGUGGAGGGGCUGCAGCCAGACACAGCUGUGGUCCUGGGCGUGGCGGCUGUGAUUGGUCAACGUAUCGGGGAGGUGGUCACCCUCUCGGCCAGGACCAAUGGCAACAACGGCUCAAGCACGGUUAGCGGCCUGCGUAUCAUUGAUGUCACCUCUCAGAGGAUACGCAUCACAUGGUCACCAGUUUCCAGGGCAACUGGCUACAAGAUUACCUGGCGCAGUGGAAAUGGAGUGGAGUCCUCCCGUACGGUGGCCGCUGAUGUCACUUCCUUCACCAUCGACAGCCUUCAGGAAGACUCCUCCUACCGGGUCUCAGUCUCCUCACUGAUUGGGUCUCGGGAAGGAUACCCCACCUCCCUGAACACCAGAACAGAGUCAGACCAAGUGGUAGUGGGAACAGUGACUUCACUCAAAGCCCAAGAGUCCCGCGGUGAGGUCGUCAGAGUAACAUGGGUGGGCGUGCAGGGAGCAACAGCCUAUCGUGUGGCCUGGAAGCGAAUUGACGGUGGGGAGGAGAGGAGCCAGCUGGUAGGUGGUGAGCUCACAGCGGUGGACCUGGAGCAGCUGGACCCAGGGGCUCAGUACGAGGUGCAGGUCAUGGCUCUGGUUCAGAACAGAGAGGGAUCACCAGUCUCUGUCAGAGUCACAACACCUGGGGAACCUGUUGCUGUGGACCGUGUGGAGGGGGUCAGGGUGCUGGAGGCUACCCCAGGGGUGCUGCGUCUGGUCUGGAGAGGAAUGGCUGGGGUCACAGGGUACCGCAUCUACUGGAGAUCAGCCCUGGGUGAGGCUGAAUCCAGCCGUCUGAUAGGUCGAGGUGCGACCUCGUUUGACCUGGAUGGUCUGCGGCCUGGGGUGAGCUACACAAUGAGGCUGGCUGCCAUCUUCAGGGACAGAGAGAGUCAAGCUGUCACUAUCACUGCCUCCACAGCUCCCCUACAGCCUGUAACAGGUCUGCGUGUGGCGGAGGUUACCCAGAAUUCUGUGUUGUUAGGCUGGGUUCCACUGACUGGUGCCACAGGAUAUAUCCUGCGCUGGAAAGAGGAGAGAGAUACUGGUCCGGGUCAAUCCACCACGCUGCCUGGGUCAUCCAGCUCCUACAGGGUGACAGGGCUACGUCUGGGCCUGAGAUACCGCUUCACCCUGCAGCCCAACUUCCAGAGGGAGGUGGGCCCUGAGACCCCAGUGGACGAACGCACUGUGUGUGUGGGUGGUCGUCUCGACGUGGUAUUCCUGGUUCCAGCUUCCAGGGAUCGGGCCAGCCUGGCUGAUUCUCUGCUCUCCCUCCUGACCAGCGCUGCCGGCUCCCUCAGCACCAUUGGAGAACGGGACUCACAGGUGGGGAUUGUAGUGUACAGCGCCCGACCCAAGGUCUGGUUCCUGCUCAAUCGCCAUACCAACAGUGAGACGCUGCUUCAGGAGAUCCUGUCCACGCCUUUUGAGGAUGGCCCAGGGAAUGCUAUAGGCCAGGCAAUGACGUUCACCAGACAGUUCCUUCUCAGCCCCACAGCUGGUCGUAGACCCAGAGUUCCUGGUGCGGUGGUGAUCAUUGCAGAUGAAAAAUCCUCCGACAACGUCACUGUCCCAGCUAGUGUUGUCAAAGCCUCAGGUGUGACAGUGCUGGCGGUGGGUAUAGGUAGGGCGGACUCUGAGGAGCUGCGCCAGGCAGUGACAGAUGGCAGCACCCAGAACCUUCUAUAUGCCCGUGAUGCCACCCAGCUGGGCACCCUGCACGCCGACCUGGCUGACCUGCUGUGUGGCGUCGCCAGGAUACCAGAGGGAGUGGGGCCAGUGACAGAGCAGUGUACCGUACAGUGUCCUCAGGGUGACCGGGGGGAGCGAGGAGGAAAGGGAGAGAGUGGAAGAGACGGUGCUGACGGACGCAAAGGAGAGCCUGGUCGUGAUGGUUUGCCUGGCAGGGAUGGCCCCAGAGGGCCUGAGGGGCGACAGGGUCAGCCUGGCCGAAGUGAGGACCCCUCAGUGGGGGUCAGAGGGGAGAAGGGGGAUAGGGGUUUUCCUGGUCUGGAUGGGAGUCCAGGGUUGCCAGGGCGACCAGGGACCCCAGGCCCUGGAGGUGUGCCGGGUGAUCCUGGGGUUACAGGAGGACCAGGGACAAAGGGUGACAGGGGCGACAGGGGUGAGCCAGGGUCAGCUGUUUCAGGAGGAGGUCUGCCCGGGAGGAAAGGGGAACCAGGGAUCCCAGGAAUACCAGGUACCCUAGGGCGUCCAGGGAAUGACGGGGCCAAGGGCUUUGUGGGACCUGCAGGGACCCCUGGACAGGAUGGUCGCCCAGGGAUACCAGGCACCCCCGGCCUCUCCAUCAAGGGAGACAAGGGCAGCACCGGAGAGAGGGGACCUCCAGGAGUGGGCAGUGGCUUGGCUGUGAAGGGGGAGAAGGGAUCACCGGGGUCUAAUGGAAACCCAGGAGCUCAGGGUCCCAGAGGAUUUACAGGACAACAAGGAGCCAAAGGAGACAAGGGGGAGAGUGCAGAGGGGUUGCCAGGACUGGCUGGGAAGGCAGGAGAGCCUGGUGAUCGGGGGGACCGGGGCCAGCCAGGUGAGCCUGGAUCACAAGGUGACAGGGGGGAGAGAGGACCUGCCGGCUUGGCAGCAGAGAGGGGGGAGAGUGGACAGCCAGGCUCUACAGGGGCUCCAGGCCUGAGGGGUUUGCCUGGCACCAGUGGACUACCAGGGGAGAAGGGCAGUGAGGGCGCUAAAGGAGAACCUGGCCGGAGUGGUGAGCCGGGUCUGCCAGGUGCAGAGGGGCCCAGGGGCCAGAAGGGCGAUCCAGCCCAGAAAGGUGAAAAAGGUUCCCCAGGUACUGGCUCUCCUGGCCAGGCUGGAUCUAAAGGAGAGCAGGGGGAUCGGGGACUCUCUGGCUUAGCUGGAAGACUGGGGAUCAAGCUGAUGUGUUCCUAUUGGUUUUGUAGGGAGAUUCAGGUGAACCAGGAGAGAGAGGGGAGACAGGACGAGCUGGACCCGCAGGAAAGAAUGGCAUCCCAGGGAAAGAGGGGGAGUCUGGACUCCCAGGGAAGGCAGGGGAGAGAGGACUUAGGGGCCUUGCGGGUCAGCCUGGACGAGCAGGAGAGAAGGGAGACCUGGGAGACCCUGGAGAGCACGGACGAAAUGGCAGCCCAGGACCUUUCGGACCAAGAGGAGAGAAAGGAGUUGAGGUCAGAGGGAGAUGCUGGUGACCCGGGAGAGCAUGGGGGCAAAGGUCAGAAGGGCGAGGCAGGGUCCUCAGGGGCUGCGGGGCUCCGGGGUCUCGAGGGACAGCGUGGACCUCCAGGGUCGAGAGGUGACACAGGAGAGAGAGGAGGCCCAGGAGAGAAGGGAGAGAGAGGUGCGUCUGGGCUGGAUGGACGCAAUGGUCUGGAUGGCAAACCAGGGGCACCAGGAGCGGCCGGCCUGAGGGGAGACCCAGGGAAACUAGGGGAUCCAGGAAGAGAUGGGCUGCCAGGACUAAGAGGUGUACAGGGCCUCUCAGGCCCUAUUGGGCCCGCUGGAAAUCCAGGCACACCUGGCAAAGCAGGAGAAGAUGGAAAACCAGGGGCUGCUGGGAAAAUGGUGAGGGAUCAGGUGAGGAUGGCGUACCAGGGGAAGAUGGCAGAAAGGGUGACAAAGGAGAGGCUGGGGUUUCUGGAAGAGACGUUAGGCCGUGACGGGCUGAAGGGGGACCGGGGCCUUGGCGGGCCUGCAGGGCCAACUGGUCUAUCUGGGCCCCAAGGGGUCCCUGGCACCAUCGGACCUCCAGGACAGGUGGUCUAUGCGAAGGGAGCUCCAACACCAUCUAUCCCUGGCCCUCAGGGGCCUCCAGGAACCCCAGGUGUGCCUGGAAUCCCAGGGACCGUAGGAUCUAGAGGGGAGAGAGGAGCAGUGGGCAGUAAAGGUGAAAGGGAUGUGCAGAAGGCCCUCUCUAACCUUGGCAUUGAGAUGCAGGACCUGAAGGUGCUUGUGGAUAACAGCAAUGUGCCGGGCAAGAGUGUGCUGGAGAAGGCUGAGAAGGGCCAGAGAGGAGACAAGGGAGAGACCGGGCAGAGAGGACCAGCAGGGAUAGAUGGUGCCCGCGGGCUGUCUGGGGAGAGGGGUGUGAAGGGAGAGCAGGGGGAACGGGGGCCUGUAGGGGCCACAGGACCCACAGGGAGGGCCAUUGGAGAGAAGGGCCCAGUGGGACCCACGGGACAGGCUGGAGAGCCAGGAAAACCUGGAAUACCUGGAGUACCAGGGAGAGCCGGAGAACUGGGAGAGGCUGGACGACCUGGAGAUAAGGGGGAGAGAGGAGAGAAGGGUGACAAAGGAGAGGCUGGGAAAAACGGUCUAGGUGGCUCAGUGGGACCUCCUGGACCAAAGGGUGCUGCUGCAGUAGCGGGUGAAGCUGGACUCCCCGGAGCAAGGGGCCUCCCUGGGGUCACAGGACCGAAGGGAGAGCCUGGUGCCUCAGGGCCACAGGGAUCCAAAGGCGACAGGGGCCUGCCUGGGUUCCCCGGAGUGCUGGGCAGACCGGGAAACCCUGGAGAACCUGGAAUUAGAGGGCCAACUGGUCCGAUCGGUACCAAUGGACCUCCAGGUCCGUCAGGGGUAAAGGGUAAUCAAGGAGUGCCUGGGGUUGGCGUUCAGGGACCUCCUGGUCCCGAAGGCAGCAUGGGAGUGCCUGGACCUGCAGGGCCUCCUGGAGCUGUGGGUCCAUCUGGGCCUCCAGGUCUACCAGGGCAGACAGGGGAGGGUGGCAAGCCAGGGGUCCCAGGAAGAGACGGGAUACCUGGAAAAGAGGGAACACCAGGGUUGCCAGGGAAACAGGGUAUCGCUGGACCAAUGGGGUCCGCGGGGUUGAAGGGGGAGCAGGGGGACAGUGGCCCCCCAGGAAAGGCUGUAGCAGGACCCCCUGGUGUGAAAGGAGCACAGGGGGACACAGGUCUCCCGGGCCCAGCAGGCCCUCCAGGAGCCCAGGGCGUAGCAGGGACCCCUGGUCUGGCCGGCCUGAGAGGAGAGAACGGAACUCCAGGACCCCCAGGACCUCUAGGACCCAGGGGUAUCCAAGGCUUUACUGGUCAGGCAGGGAACCCUGGAGCUCCUGGGCCUCCCGGACCCCCUGGCCUAGCUGGUUCACCGGGCACUGCUGGAGGCAAAGGGGAUAAGGGUGAUACUCUCCUGGUCGGAGGACCUACAGGAGAGAAAGGAAAUAAAGGAGAGACGGGUGACCGAGGGCCCAAAGGGGUGCAGGGAGAGAAAGGCUUGAAAGGCAAUGACGGCCCAGCUGGGGAGCAGGGUCUGAGGGGUGAGCCAGGAGACAGGGGCUCUACAGGGUUCCAGGGAGCCAGAGGUCCAGGAGGACAGAAGGGAGAGGCGGGACAGCCUGGUGUACCUGGAGAAUCAGGUACACCAGGAAAAGAUGGAAUGCCAGGCUUUAGAGGGGAUAAGGGAGACGUGGGAGUAACUGGAAUGCGUGGAAUUAAGGGCGACCGAGGAUCAAAGGGGGCGUGUGGAUCAGACGGACCGAAAGGAGAAAAGGGAGAUUCAGGGAUCCAUGGGAGGUCAGGGUUGCCUGGAAGGAAAGGUGAGCAGGGAGACUUGGGGCCUCCAGGGGCCAUUGGAACCCCUGGCAAGGAGGGACUGAUCGGCCCCAAGGGUGACCGAGGCAUUGAUGGAGUACUAGGACCCAAAGGAACGCAGGGAGAGAAGGGCGAAAGGGGCCCCUCGGGUAUCCCUGGCCCUCCGGGCCCCACAGGAGUGGACGGGGCCUCUGGACUGACAGGACCUCAGGGGCCCGCUGGAGCUAAGGGCCCAGAAGGGCUCCAAGGACAGAAGGGGGAGAGGGGGCCUAUUGGUCCUGCCAAGAUUGGUCCACGUGGUAUCCCAGGUAUACCAGGAGAAAGAGGCGGGCAGGGCGAGUUGGGUCUAGAUGGAGCCAAGGGAGACAGAGGAGUGCCAGGCUUGACGGAGGAUGAGAUUCGUACAUACGUCCGCACAGAGAUGAGCCAACACUGUGCUUGUGGAGGUAUUGUUGUGACAGAAACCCUGCCCAGCCCCAGGGUACGUCCUGCUCCAGAGCAACAGCUGGCCCGGAAGGGCAAGCAGGGCAAGGACGGGCGUGAGCUGCGUGUAGUGGUGAACACCAACGACCCCGACUACGAACACUUCUACUCUAUAGAGAGUUACGACGACCCCAUGGCCAUGGAGCAGAGCAUCCACCUGACUCCCACUGCCAAUCAGAGCCAUGGUGAGAGAGUCACUGUUGACCCUCUGAAAACAAAGAGGCCACGGAGAGAGGUCAAAGGGGAAGCUCCAGUGGAUCCUUGUGUGUUGCCCCUGGAGGAGGGCAACUGUGGGAGAUUUACUCUGCGCUGGUACUUUAACAGCCAGGUCCAGGCCUGCCGACCCUUCAUCUACAGCGGCUGUGAGGGCAAUGCCAACCGGUUCCUCCAGCAGGAGACCUGUGAGGAGCGCUGCCUCGGGGAGGACACAGAGGAGAGGGUGGCUGGGGGCUGUGGUACCUCUGAGGAGAGGGGCUGGGGUGAUGGGGUACCUCUGAGGAGAGGGGGGCUGGGAGUCUGUGGUACCUCUGAGGAGAGGGGGGAUGUGGUACCUCUGAGGACAGGGGGCUGGGAGGAUGUAGUACUUCUAAGGAGAGGGGGCUGGGGGGAUGUGGUACCUCAGGAGAGGGGGCUGUGGUACCUCAGAGGAGAGGGGCUGGGGGGCUGUGGUACUUCUGAGGAGAGGGGGGCUGUGGUACCUCUGAGGACAGGGGGCUGGGAGGAUGUAGUACUUCUAAGGAGAGGGGGCUGGGGGGAUGUGGUACCUCAGGAGAGGGGGCUGUGGUACCUCAGAGGAGAGGGGCUGGGGGGCUGUGGUACUUCUGAGGAGAGGGGGGCUGUGGUACCUCAGAGGAGAGGGGCUGGGGGAAUGUGGUACUUCUGA